AGGAUGCUCUUCUUCUUUUUCCUCUUCUUCUUCCUCUAUUUCUCUCCCGUCUGCGGGCUCAGGCAUCGGUGCGGCUGUGACAGUUCUUGUUCUCCUGCAGAAUUUGCAGCUCCGGUUUCCGAGAGACGCUGCCACUCUCGGAGCCAUGAGUCGCUGUUGCACGGUCAAAGUGAUCACCUUGACAGAGAUCCAACUUCUACAGGUUCAGAACCAACUGGAAAACUCAAAAUACCACCUCCACCAGAGCCAAAGCCAUCAGGUGAAGCAGUACCUGUCCCUGGGCUCCAAGCUGGCCUCUUCGGCCGGGCAGGGCCACACCACGCCGCACGCUCCCGGCCACCAUCCGUUGGCCACUGUUCCCGCAAUGAGGAACGGACACUUGCCCUCCGUCAACGAUGGCAGCAACCCCAACAGUCCGGUUACGAUGCUCACCAUGGCGACUCAUGACAGCAAGUGCCCAAUGGAAGACGUUUUUGAUGAGCUAAUUAGUCUUGAAUCUGGUUUCAAUGAUGGAGGCUUGGACUGCGUGGAGUCUAACAUCAUAAUGCAAAAUAAUGUGUCCCUCAGCAGCAGCAUGUUGGACAUCUAUGGGGCUGAACAAGGUAUGAACACUGCUAAUGGUGGAAUGAGUCCCACAUCUAACCCCACAAAGCUCACUGUAAAAAGGGAAUACACAGAGCACGACACAAGAGUGAUGGCCAAAGAGAGGCAGAAAAAAGACAAUCAUAAUUUGAUUGAAAGAAGAAGAAGAUACAACAUAAACUACAGGAUCAAGGAGCUUGGGACACUCAUACCGAAGUCAAAUGACCCCGACAUGCGCUGGAACAAAGGCACCAUCCUGAAGGCCUCGGUGGAGUACAUACGGUGGCUGCAGAAGGAGCAGCAGCACGCCCGCGAGAUGGAGAGCCGCCAGAAGAAGCUGGAACAAGCCAACCGGAGACUGCUGCUGAGGAUUCAGGAGCUUGAGAUCCAGGCACGAGCGCAUGGCCUCCCAAACAUGACAACAGCCCUGGGGACAGUUGACCUGUCCUCCCACCUUCUCAAACAGCAACAGCAGCAGCAGCAGCCGACGCAGUCGUCUCCCCACCCUAACCCACAGCAGCCACCCCUCUACCAAGAGGACCAAAACAGCGAAUACCUCCACAGGCUAGCAGUGGAGACAUCCGUCCCAUCCAUCACCGCUUCUGCAGGGUCGCAGGAUCAUAUCACCAGCACCGAUGGCUGCACCACAUUUUCUGACCCGCUGUCCCACUUCACAGACUUCUUCAGUGCCUCACUCAAGGAGGAGCACCGGCUGGAUGAGAUGCUGAUGGACAACGCGCUCUCGCCGUUUGGCGCCGACCCGCUCCUGUCAGCCGGAUCACCUGAAGCUGCUUCCAAGGGCAGCAGCCGCAAGAGCAGCUUCAGCUCCGCUGAGGGUGACGACCUAUGAUGUGCGCCUCUUAUUUUGUCUUUGAAAUAACUAACACGGCAACAAAUAUGUACAAUAACGACAACGAUGCUGGACCAGAAAAAACUCUCGGUGCCUUUGAAGUGGCGCCUGUGUAUAUUGUGCUACGGUGACUACAAUGCUUGCUUUCUCCAACGCUGCUUGGAAGCAGACCUCGCGUCCACGUGAGCGUUAGCACGAGUUGCUAUAAACAGAUCCAGAAAAUAAAAAGGGAGACAUUUAAGUCAGUAAAUUAUACAAAUGACUCUGUGGAUAGCCGUAUAAUGUAACAUACGCAUACAAAAUUGAUUUUUUUUCUUUUGCCAAGAAAAACGCUUUACAAAAGAAUUUUAAAACAUUUGCAGUCUCAUUUCUGAAUGUGUGACAUGCCUUAGCCAAACAUGGCGUCUCACAGUUAUGUCUUAAAAUACUCACCAUAAUGCCUAACAUGUCCUUUGUAUAGUGUGUCUUUGUGUUUUUUAAUUAAACAUUUGUAUUUAUAUACAUUUUAAUCCAUGUAUUCUUUAAAAGAGACAUAUUAUCUAACCUGUUAUCCUUUUUUAUUCUCAGUUGG